ACGAGGGAACUUCCGGGUCGAAGGGUUUGUUUCCGGAGAGCGGAAAGGCUGAAAGGCGGUGGCUAAGCUGGAGGCGACUUUGGUCCUGGGUGGACAAGGUUGUAGCCAUGGACAGAAGUGGCUUUGGAGAGAUUUCAUCUCCUGUGAUCCGGGAGGCAGAGGUGACUCGGACUGCUCGGAAACAGAGUGCUCAAAAAAGAGUGUUAAUUCGGGCAUCCCAAGAGGAUAAUUUUGGUAAUAUCACACCAAAAAACCAGGUUAUCCCUCGAACUCCCAGCUCAUUUCGACAGCCUUUUACCCCACCAAACCGAAGCCUACUAAGGCAGCCAGAUAUUUCCUGCAUUCUUGGAACAGGAGGGAGGUCGCCCCGGCUUACACAGUCUUCAGGAUUCUUGGGAAAUCUGUCCAUGGUGACUAACCUGGAUGACAGUAACUGGGCAGCUGCGUUAUGGCCACAGCGCUCUGGGCUCUUCACAAAUGCAGAGCCCCACAACGUAACAGAAGAUGUAACUCUCAGUGCUGUCAUGUUACAUGAGGAUGAUCCCGGAGAAGCUGCGUCCAUGAGUAUGUUUUCUGAUUUCCUGCAGUCUUUUUUGAAGCAUUCUUCAACUACAGUUUUUGAUCUUGUGGAAGAAUAUGAAAACAUUUGUGCUAGUCAGGUGAACAUACUGAAUAAAAUAGUGAGCAGAGCAACACCGGGACUGCAAAAGUUUUCGAAAACAGCUAGUAUGCUCUGGCUUCUUCAGCAGGAGAUGGUCACAUGGAGGCUGCUGGCUUCUCUGUAUAGAGACAGAAUACAGUCUGCAUUAGAAGAUGAAAAUAUGUUUGCAAUUACUGCUCUUAAUGCCAGUGAAAAAACAGUUGUGGAAGCGUUAUUUCAGAGAGAUUCACUUGUGCGGCAAAGUCAGCUGGUGGUAGAUUGGUUAGAGAGUAUUGCCAAAGAUGAGAUUGGAGAAUUUUCUGAUAAUAUUGAGUUUUAUGCAAAAUCAGUGUAUUGGGAAAAUACUCUGCAUACCUUAAAACAGCGGCAGCUAGCUUCUUACAUAGGAAGUGUCCGUCCUCUUGUCACUGAAUUGGACCCUGAUGCUCCCAUCAGACAGAAGAUGCCCCUUGAUGAUCUGGAUAGAGAAGAUGAAAUUCGAUUACUUAAAUAUCUUUUUACCCUAAUCCGUGCUGGAAUGACAGAUGAGGCACAGCGGCUCUGUAAACGCUGUGGUCAAGCCUGGAGAGCUGCAACGCUGGAGGGCUGGAAGUUGUACCAUGACCCCAAUGUGAACGGAGGAACAGAAUUAGAGCCUGUAGAAGGGAAUCCAUAUAGACGCAUUUGGAAAAUAAGUUGUUGGAGAAUGGCAGAAGAUGAGCUUUUCAACAGAUAUGAGAGAGCAAUUUAUGCAGCUUUAAGUGGGAAUCUCAAACAGCUGCUUCCUGUCUGCGACACCUGGGAGGACACGGUGUGGGCCUACUUCCGGGUGAUGGUGGACAGCCUGGUGGAGCAGGAGGUCCAGACGUCGGUCAUGACUCUGGAUGAAACUGAAGAACUUCCCCGAGAAUAUUUGGAAUCCAAUUGGUCCUUAGAAAAAGUUUUUGAAGAACUUCAAGCUACUGAUAAAAAGAGAGUUCUGGAAGAGAAUCAAGAACAUUAUCACAUAGUUCAAAAGUUCCUUAUCCUGGGAGACAUUGAUGGUUUGAUGGAUGAGUUUAGCAAAUGGCUUUCCAAAAGCAGAAACAGUCCACCUGGGCACCUCCUUCGGUUUAUGGCUCACCUCAUUUUGUUUUUCCGCACUCUGGGACUACAGACCAAAGAAGAAGUUUCUAUCGAAGUUUUAAAGACAUACAUACAGCUUUUGAUAAGUGAGAAGCACACAAAUCUCAUAGCGUUUUAUACCUGUCAUUUGCCUCAAGACCUGGCCGUCGCCCAGUAUGCCUUGUUUCUGGAAGGCAUUACAGAAUUUGAAGAGCGCCACCACUGCUUGGAACUGGCUAAAGAAGCAGAUUUGGAUGUUGCAACAAUAACAAAGACUGUAGUUGAGAAUAUUCGAAAGAAAGAUAAUGGUGAAUUUAGUCACCACGAUCUGGCCCCAGCCCUGGACACUGGCACUACCGAGGAGGAUCGUUUGAAGAUCGAUGUGAUUGACUGGCUGGUGUUUGACCCAGCACAGAGGGCAGAAGCCCUGAAACAAGGCAAUGCCAUCAUGAGAAAGUUCUUGGCAUCAAAAAAGCAUGAAGCUGCAAAAGAGGUGUUUGUGAAGAUUCCUCAGGACUCUAUAGCAGAGAUUUAUAAUCAGUGGGAGGAACAAGGCAUGGAAAGCCCACUUCCUGCUGAAGAUGACAACGCCAUCAGAGAGCACCUGUGCAUUAGAGCUUACCUGGAAGCCCAUGAAACUUUUAAUGAGUGGUUCAAGCACAUGAAUUCAGCACCACAAAAACCUACUUUGAUGGCUCAGCCAACUUUUACUGAGAAAGUAGCUAACGAGCACAAAGAAAAGAAAUAUGAAAUGGAUUAUGGUAUUUGGAAAGGGCAUCUGGAUGCCCUAACUGCUGAUGUGAAAGAGAAAAUGUAUAACGUCUUGUUGUUUGUUGAUGGAGGGUGGAUGGUGGAUGUUAGAGAGGAUGCUGAAGAAGAUCCGGAAAGGACACACCAGAUGGUGUUACUGAGAAAGCUUUGUCUGCCCAUGUUGUGUUUCCUGCUUCAUACAAUUCUGCACAGUACUGGUCAGUAUCAGGAAUGCCUGCAGUUAGCAGAUAUGGUGUCCUCUGAGCGCCACAAACUGUACCUGGUAUUUUCUAAGGAAGAACUAAGGAAAUUGCUGCAGAAGUUAAGAGAAUCCUCUCUCAUGCUUCUAGACCAGGGACUUGACCCAUUGGGAUAUGAAAUUCAGUCGUAGUUCAUCUACUUUUUACAAAAUCUCAGUAAUUUCUGUGAUAAGUGGAGCUUUUUUGUAAAAUUUACACAUUUGUUAUCACUGCAUAUUUUUCUUUUCAUUGUCCUGGGGGAAAAUGUAAAAUUUCAGAACACUUUCAAAAUUUAAUGUAUUAUAUCAGUAUUUCCUA